GUGGAAAAAAACACCCCCCCGGAACCCCCAUUUUUUGGGUUUGUUUCGAAAGGAGAAACCCCACCGCGAACAAGCUUUUGUCGAAUGUUGUUUCAACGUGAAAAAAAGGAUCGAAAACAUAAGCGAAAUGGGAGAAGUGGUUCCGGGUUCAUAGAUCCGGCCAAUAAGGAAGUCUCGAAAGCUGAGAGUACGUCAGGUAGUCGAAAGAACGGUGCUCCCGGUGUCAGGAGAUUCGUAGAGCAGCAUCUAACGGACAUCUAUGCGGUUCUAGAACAUCUAGAUGAAACUAACCUGGCGGUCAGUGGGAUGAAGAGCCGGUGGGCAGUCUCGACGAUUAAGAUUUUGGGGUUCAUAUGUGAUUCGAGAGGGCGUCGAGCGGACCCGGCGAAGUUAGAUAAACUCCUGAACUGGCCAACUCCAUUGCACAACGCUACCGAAGUCCGCCAAUUCCUAGGAGUUGUGGGUUACUGGCGGAUUUUUAUACGUGGAUAUGCCGAGAAGGCAAAACCUUUGCGAACUCUCCUUAGGAAAACGGAGCGGUUUUACUGGGAUUCUCCUGAGGAGCUUGCGGUACAAACCCUCAAGGAAGAAUUUAAAGAAGGGGGGCGAAUCCUGGGAGUACCGUCCUUCGAGGACGAGACCAGCAAACCCUUCAUAGUGUCUACCGAUGUUGGACGAUGUUCGGUUGGAGGGCUGCUUUCUCAAAAGGACGCUGACGGUAAGGAGAGGCCGCUGAGAUUCGAGAGUCGUAUGCUCAACACCGCCGAACACAACUACAGUCAAUUUAAGAAGAAGGUGUUAGCUGUCCUACCGAUCCGAUUCUACGAUUAUACUGUAGAGAGAAUCUCAGGACCAAAGAAUGUGGUUGUCGAUGGACUUUCGCGGAUUCCGAUCGAGGCGGAGCGAUCAAUAACGGUAGCCGCACUGACUAUGACUGAGCCUAGACGAACUGAUCGAUUCCUAGUUAACCUUUAUGAAGGAAAGUACCGGACUCUAGGACUGCAUCUGUCAGAAGAAGAGAGUUCUGAUCCAAAGAUUAGGAGACAGGUGACACAGUACUGCCUUAGAUCUGGGCAUUUAUUCCGCAGACCCACGGGAUCAGGAAUGCCUUUACGAGUGAUUUGUGACCUGGAGGAGAAACAACCCAUAGUGGCAGAACUAUAUGACGGUGUGGUCGGUGGACAUAGAGGAGUAAAAAGGAGAUAUGAGAAGGUCCGGAGACUAUACUGGUGGGAAGGUCAAUACAAAGACGUCGAAAAGUACUGUAUGACUUGUGAGGACUGUCAGAAGAGAUCGCUUGUGAGGUACAAGGAGCCGCUUCAUCCAUCCUAUCCUACUCGACCGUGUGAGAAGGUGCAUAUAGAUCUGGUGAAGAUGCCAAAGGGAGUAGGCAAUAUGAAUUAUGUCGUAAACAUCAGAGAUGACUUCACUGGGUUUGUUGACGGAAAACCUAUUCGAACUAAGACAGCUAGAGAAGUGAAGAACUUUGUUCUGGAAUAUCUGUCCAGAUAUGGGUGCGUCAGUAGGAUUGUGAUGGAUAGGGGAGCAGAGUUCCUAGCGGACGAGGUGCAGAGUGUGUUCAAGAAAGCGGAAGCUAGAGUAUCAAUAGAUAAUGUCACAGUAACUGUUAGAGCUAGCACAGGAUACCCGCAGUACACUCUAUGGUUCGGAAGACACUGCCCUCUGCCCAUAGAGUUUCAUGUCGAUAGUUGGACUACAGUUGACUGGGCGGAUAGUAUGUUACGAGAGGAGCUACUGGCGGCUAGGACUAGACAGAUAGCCUACGGAUUAGAGGACAAUCUCAUGACCGCGUCCGAUCAAUUUGUGGUGGAGAGGGGCAAAGGCAAAGAAAGAUGGGAUAAGGACGUCAGGGUUAGAAAGAAGAAGAUAAUUGUGGGUGAUAUGGUACUUCUCUACAACGCAGCAUUAGAAAGGACGUGGUCAGGAAAGUUGGCUAACAGAUGGAUGAGUCCCUACCGCGUAGUCGGAACACUCAGUUGGGAAGCGUAUAUGAUUGCUGAGUUAGAUGGAUCUAAGUGGAAGGAUCUUGUGGCAGCUGUUUAGGCCAAGGGAGACCCCUACUCCUGCGCUGACACUAUCAGACCCAAAAGGAAAGGGAAAAACCAAGGUGACGGAUGAAGGACCGUCGAGACGGUUUGAGGCAGGAGAGAGCUCCGAAAAGAGGAAGAGGGUAGAGACCAGGAAAAUGAAGGGCUUGACGCUAG